AUGGCUACCAUCGAACCGCGCCUCAUCCACCUCUUGAACGAGUCGACAUCGACUCCUCACCACUCCCAUGCGGACCUCCCUCCUCUGCAUGCCCUGCCUCUACACGCCCAUGGCGAUAGGCCUCUACCGAGGCUAGACCGCGAUGUGAGCCGUCAUGCCGCUUCGCAUCCGUAUCCUAUCCGCCUGCUGCUCGACGACUCCGACUCGGGCGAGUCUCGCCACGGCCAUGGUGCCUACCGCGAUGACAGCCCCGAGGGCCCCGAUGACGCCUACCACAAGAAGCGCAGCCGCGCCACGAUGCACGUCAAAGAUGACUUUGUGCAGCUGCCGCAGCCUCUCAAGAAGCAAAAAGCCACGCAGCAGGCCCUCGUCAUGCCGCCCAUUAUCAAUGGCCUCCACGAGCCUCCGCCUCAUGCCGCGCUCUUCCCGCCUAUUUCUUCAACCACCUACGAGAAUGAUGCGAACCAAAUGAAGAUGAUGCACGACUUCAACAAUCACAGCAGCCCCGACGAGCGCUCCCACCGACGAGGUUCCUCCGAAACCGACAAGAGCUCUUCCAAAGGCCGCAAGCGCGCCACCAAACCCCGACGCAAGUGGACAGACGAGGAAACGAACCAUCUCCUCCUCGGUGUGAACCGCCAUGGCGUCGGCAAAUGGACCAACAUCUUGGAAGACCCUGACUUUGCAUUCAACGAACGUACUGCCGGCGACUUGAAGGAUCGCUUUCGCACUUGCUGCCCCGAAGAGCUCCGAGGAUCUAGCAAGAGCUCUCGAUCCGAGCGUCGCUCAGAGCACAGCAGCAAGAGCAGCUCUCGCAAGGGCCUGCACUCGGAGAAUAUUUUGAUUAGCGAUGAAAAGUCUCGGUCCAAGAGCUCCAAGAGCUCCCCCGAAUCUGAGUCGCCCAAGCAAAAGAAGAGUCGCGCUCAUCGCAAGAACAUGGAUGAUUUGGCCUCACUCGGCAUUCACGGCCCAUUCAAAAAGUCGCAUCGUCGCGAACGCCGCCCCUUCACGGAGCAGGAUGAUCAUGAGAUCCUUGAGGGCCUGGAUCACUACGGCCCAGCCUGGACCAAGAUCCAGCGUGAUCCUCGUUAUCAUCUCUCCAGCCGACAGCCUACCGAUCUGCGUGACAGAGUCCGCAACAAGUAUCCUGCCAUUUACCAGCGCAUCGAAAAGGGUACCUUUCAAGCCAAGGAUUCGUCCAGAGGCAACGACAUCAUGGAGCCCUCUGUCAACAUGUCCAUUGACAACUCGCUGAAGCGCUCCAAGGCGGCUCGCCACCACUCUCGCGAUGAGGACCCCAGAUGGGCUGCUCAUGUUGCUGAAUCCGAGUAUGUCCAGCAUGCAGGCUUUGAGUUUGGUGACGCUGGUGCAAACCACUUCAUGGGUGGCGAGAUGGAUAUUUCUAGACUGCUUCUAGACGAUUCACGAAUGGCUCACGGCCACGGCCGACAAGGCGAGCUCUCCGGGCCGUCGUCCCCUACCGCGACGGGCGUUGACUCCCGUCGCGACCGCUACGAAUAUGCACUCCGGUGCUAA